CUCUCCCAAACCGCAUGUGCGAUCACAGACAGACAUCAUAGGCCGUUGAAUUCCCCUCGGCUGCGACUUCUCGAACACCCAGGUACACGCUAGCGUCUGUCCGGGACCUUCGCACUGCACCGCGAAAGAGAUCCGGCCCUGCUUGGCGUGUUGACACCGGAAAGCAGACAGAGACUCUAGAGCCGUUGACGGUCUCCCCUUCGCCAGCUCAUGAUGUCCUCCGCUCAGCCAUCCGCACGCAAGGCUGUUGUUGUCGGCGCAGGGCCGGUGGGAUGUCUCGCCGCAAUUUCCCUCGCCAAAAUGGGUUGGACCGUCGAGAUCUACGAAGGUCGUCCAGACAUGCGUCUGCCUUCCUCGAAGGCAGCGGCCCAGCAACGCUCUAUUAACUUAGCGAUGUCCUCACGCGGGAUUGCCGCCAUCGAAGCCAUCCACCCGAGCGCGGCCGCACGCUUCCUCAAGGCUGUCAUUCCCAUGCGCGGCAGGAUGAUCCAUCAUGUUGGCUUGGCGCUACCCAAUAUUUCCGCGUUCUUCAAGCACAAAGUCAUAUCGCUAGACUUCGAUAAAGGCAUCAUGGUCGUCAGCAACAACACGGAUAAUGAGAACAGAGAAGUACCUUUCGACUUCUGCGUGGGUGCCGAUGGCGCCUACUCAAUCGUACGGCGCCAGUUGAUGAGGGUCGUACGCUGGCCGCCCAUGAGUUCCGGCGGCGAUCCAUCGUUCCUCCUUGACGCGAAUCACCUUCACAUAUGGCCGCGCCAUACCUUUAUGCUCAUAGCGCUACCGAACAAGGACAAAACGUUCACCUGCACGUUAUUCGCUCCCACCGCAGAAUUCGAUCGUCUGAACACACCCGAGACCAUCAUUCAGUUUUUCAAAGCCCACUUUCCGGACGCCUUGCCGCUGAUCGGCGAGCAGGCACUAUUGGAGGAUUUCAAACGAAACCCACGGAGCUCGCUCAUGUCGAUUAAGGCCCAGCCAUAUCAUUACAAGGAUCGUGUCGUAAUUAUCGGCGAUGCGGCUCACGCAAUGGUGCCGUUCUACGGCCAAGGUCUGAAUUGCGGGCUAGAAGACGUGCGAGUGCUCGACAUAAUUUUGCGCACAGCGCAAGUGAACCCUGCCGUUCAAGAGACGAAAGAAGACAAUCGUCUCCUGGAAGCACUAGCCCGUUACUCAGACAGCAGGCACGCAGACCUGGUAUCUAUUUGUGAGCUCGCCAUGGACAACUACGUGGAGAUGCGGCACUCUGUCGUGACACCUGCCUACCUCAUCCGCCAUGCGCUGGAUAAUAUUCUAUACUCCCUCACGGUGAGGGCAGCGACGCUCAGCGCUCUUAUCCCGUCUCUUUCUCGCGAGCCGUUUCCCUCCAAGUCUCCCGCAGGCUGGUUGCCUCUUUACACGAUGGUAACGUUUCGUCCCGACAUCAGUUACUCUACCGCGAGACACAGGUAUGCAGGGUGGGCAACUGCUGUGACGGGGCUAAGUGUCGCCGGCCUGGUCGCCGUAUCUGUCUGGCGCCGGCUGUAUAAUCGAGGGUAGUUGUAUUCCAAAUGGGCAUUUGGGUCCAAUUUCUAUCACGUACUGUCCAAUCACAAGGUCACCGCGGGAAGAACGCACCAAUGA